GGGCGGGCCAAGCGCACUCCCGCGCGGGGGCGGGGCGGAGGGCCGGCCGGGCCGACGUGGGUGUUAAGCGGCCGCGGGGUGGCCGCGAGAGACCCGAGAGCGAGCGCCGGAGCCCGAGCAGGACGCGGCCCCGGCGCGACGGGAUGUAACGUGCCUGUUAGCAGCUCCAGAGUUGUCUUCCCCAGAGCCCAGAGGAGCAAGAGAACAUGAAGUCCAACCCUGCCAUUCAAGCUGCCAUUGACCUCACUGCAGGGGCCGCAGGGGGUACGGCAUGUGUUCUGACCGGGCAACCUUUUGACACAAUGAAGGUGAAGAUGCAGACAUUCCCUGACCUGUACAGGGGCCUCACCGACUGCUGCUUGAAGACCUACUCCCAGGUGGGCUUCCGUGGCUUCUACAAGGGCACUAGCCCAGCGCUGAUUGCCAACAUCGCCGAGAACUCUGUCCUCUUCAUGUGCUACGGCUUCUGCCAGCAGGUGGUGCGGAAAGUGAUUGGGCUGGACAGUCAGGCCAAGCUGAGUGACCUGCAGAAUGCAGCUGCUGGCUCCUUUGCUUCUGCCUUCGCGGCGCUGGUGCUGUGCCCCACUGAGCUGGUCAAGUGCCGGCUACAAACCAUGUAUGAGAUGGAGUCAUCGGGCAAGAUAGCCAGGAGCCAGAACACAGUUUGGUCUGUUGUCAAGAGUAUCCUUAGCAAGGAUGGCCCCUUGGGAUUCUACCAUGGACUCUCAAGCACUUUACUUCGAGAAGUACCAGGUUAUUUCUUCUUCUUUGGUGGCUAUGAACUCAGCCGAUCUUUCUUUGCCUCGGGGAGAUCAAAAGAUGAACUUGGCCCAGUCCCUUUGAUGCUAAGUGGUGGUGUUGGUGGAAUCUGCCUUUGGCUUGCUGUAUACCCAGUGGAUUGCAUCAAAUCCAGAAUUCAAGUCCUUUCCAUGUCUGGAAAACAGGCAGGAUUUAUCGGAACCUUUAUAAGUGUCUUGAAAAAUGAAGGAGUAACAGCCUUAUAUUCUGGACUGAAACCUACUAUGAUUCGCGCCUUCCCUGCCAACGGGGCCCUGUUUUUGGCCUAUGAGUACAGCAGGAAGUUGAUGAUGGGCCAGUUUGAAGCAUACUGAAAGGUUCUGGCAACCUAGGUCUCACUGCAGGUGUUUGAGGACUUAAGUUCAUCUCAGGGUUUCACGGAGUACCUAUCAGACCAAUGUGGAAUGAUUUCAAUUUAGUGGAGACUGCAUUGUCUUCCUCUUUUCUACUCUCAAUCUUAAACCUUAUGGAAGGAUCUCUGUUUUGCAUAUAUGAUUUGUGCCCAAAAUUGUACUGAAAUAGGAAAUCUCUUGUCCUUGACAGGAUAUAUAAACUAGCCCUAUGUAGAUGAUUUUUCUAGCAGACUUUUGCAUACGCCUGCAUUUCUACAUGCAGACAGUUUUAGGUUAUGUGUCUUGAGUGAAGCAUCAUUUGGUUCCAUGUUUAAUUUCUGAUAUUACCAGAAAAAAAAAAAAAGAAAAACUCACAAAUAGCCAUGUUUUGUGAAGAUGGUUAUGAACAGUUGCUUCAUCCAAUCUAGAUGUAAGAUAUCUCUUACAAUCUACUUGACACAUGCACUCUAGUUAGUGGUUAAUAUUUUUAAAAACAAUUUCUUCUGGUGCUUUAACACUAAUAUAUCCAUCUAGAUUUAAAUGAGAAUAUACCUGCCUACUGGUAUGGUUUCUAAAUCCUAGAUGGGAGCAUUGCUGCCUUUUAAGUCAUGACUAAGUUUCAGAGUCUGCAUCCUAUAUUGUGCCAAGCUGCUCCACUGUUUAAACAGUGCCAUUGAUUUUCUAGGUGGGACUCUAUUCCACACUUUGACAUGCUGUUGGGUGUGGUCUAGACCAUGAGGCCUUUGGAAAGUAGCAUAGUCCUCACCUGUGCCAGAUCCCUUUUUUGUCUUCCAAAGAGCUUUCCCUGACCUGGGAUUUAGGGGUAGAGCUGAGGGGACUGUGUUGUUGUACAAGGUAAAGACCUCAUCCUACUAGAAAUAGUCAUUAGCUUCUCUCUGGGUCCUGGCCUGGCUGGGAUUCCAGAACAUUCUAUUGGAUUACAUAUGGGGUGUUGACCCACUUUGGACCACUCACUCAUUGCUUAAACACAUCAGAAACCCUUGUGGGGAGCGGAGUGCCAAAGCCAAGAGAUGCCUUAGUUCCCCAUCUGAUGAGUGGCAGUACUGGUGGACAGUCUUCUCCUCUCAGACAAAACUGGACUGAAUGUAAUGCACAUACUCCACUAUGAGUGAAGUCAAGACUGACUUGUUCUGAAGUCUGUCUCAGGAUCCAUAACUCCUCACCAAGCAGUGAGAGGACGGUCCUCGUGAUUGCAUAUGCAGUGUGAACUUAUAAGGCAAUGAAACGAAAGUAAUUUUUUUUUUUAAUUCUGCCUAACAGCACCACCCCUCACUUCAUCUGAUUUUUGGAGACAUGGAGAUGGGCAGCCAUCCUUUGGCCAUCUAGUGUGAGAAAGGGUCCUUGUUAUCCUUAAAGAAAGCCUUGUCAUCCCCAGGCUUCAGGGCUAGCAUCAAUGCUCACUCAAUAAGAAGGAAGACUGAGGGAAACUGAUUAAGUGCACGUUACCAUGCCCAAAGACCCAGGUUUGAGCUCCCACUCCCCAUCUGCAGGGGGUUCACAACAGGUGUCUCUCUGUCUCUCUUUCCCUCUCUUUCUUCCCCUCCCCUCAAUUUCAGUCUGUCCUGUCCAAGACAAAACAAAAAAUAAAAAAAGGAAAAUGGCUGCCACGAGCAGUGGAUUUGUUGUGUAGGCAGCAAGUCCCCAGUGAUAACCCUCGUGACCAAAAAAAAAAAAAAAAAAGUAAGACUGUAAUACUGAAAGCAAGCAAGCCAUCAGUGUUAACAGUUCACCCCAUGGGUGUUUGUCCCUGUUGUCAGAAAGUAAACCUUAUGUGAACCUUCCAGUUUCCUUCAGCUUUUUUUCUCUGUGAAGCCUCUAAGGUGUAACUGUAGCCAUAUUCCAAAAGUAUAAUCAGGAAAGCGAGAUACAGACACACAGCUGCUGCCAGUAGACACUUGGGGAAGGUCAUUGCUGCCAUGAGCUAUCCUCGGAGCUGUGGCUGCUCUUCUACUUGCUUUGUCUUUAGACAAAGAUGAUUGUUUCCUUGAGUUUCAGAGUAGGCAACUUGGAUCUUCCCAAGAUGCUCUACUGUUAAAUCGUGCCAUUCAUUUUCUAGGUGGGAUCAUAUGCCAUUACUUCUGACAUGAGUGGUCUAGACAACUUUGCUUUUCUCUCUGUUCUUAAAUGGUCAGUAUCUACUAGCUGGUGCUUCAUCUGAACAGGCCUAGAAUGAUGCAAAAUAAGAGACUGGGAUGGGCUUCUAGAAGGAAGCAAACUGCUUCAGAGACCCUGUUCCUCCACCAUGGUUAGUUCUGUUGACUAUAGACUUUAUCACAUUGUUCGUUAGUGAUUUAACCAACUAUAUUCAACAAAAAGAGUCUGAGGCAAGUAAAGAGAGAGAGGAAGUAAGGAAUAAAAACUCAAGUCAGGAGAAAUUUUCAUUCUUUUUUUUUUUUUUUUUCCCCAAGCACUACUCAGCUUGGCUUAGGAUGGUUACAGGGGAUUGAAACUGGAACUUGAAAAUCUCAGGCACGAGAGUCUCUUUGCAUAACCUUCAUGCUAUCUCCUCCACCCCUCAUUCUUUUUGCCUUAUCCAUGGUUCAGCAUUUGGAUACAGCUUGUACCAUUUUCAGACAUGGACUUCAGAAAAAAAUACAUAGUAACUGGAAAAUAGUGUGUUUAAAGAAGGUGUGGUGUUCUCUGAGUAUUAUUUACUUAAUCUCUACAUCUAAAAUGAGCUGUUUUGUUUAAGUAGUUUAUGUUCAUGCUAAGAACCAAUUGUCAGGAAUGUCUUAAGAGUUCUAGUGGUUCUGUUGCAAUUAAUACUGUUUUUAUUUUUGCCAAUAAGAUUCCAGAUAGAGAACUUCACUGCAGGUAAACUUGAUAUUGGUACUUUGGCGACAGAUGUAACAUAUUUUCAAGAGGUGUAAAAUUAUACUUUUAACACAUUUAUAUUCUUGUAAACCAAGACCAUCUAAAACAAAUAAAACAAAUAAAUUAUAAAGAAGUAAAUCUUCAUUGACAUUUUACCUACUAUAUUUUCAGUACAUUUUAAAGAGAGUAUUUUGAGGAUAAGUUUAACCAUAAGGGAAUAUGGAUUUGAAGGUACAAAAUAUAAGACUUAGAAGGCAGCAGAAGAAAUAGGGUUAGCAGGUAUAAGGUAGCAAGGAGUGGGAAGUAGGUGAUUCUUAGAAGGGGAACUACAGUAAGUCAUCAUUAACUUCAUCAAAAUGCAACUCGACAGCAAAUUUUUCACGGUAGAUUUUCCAUGUCUUUGGCCUGUGUGGGUUAUCCAGCUGAUUCCUUGGGAGGUAAAGCCUAGAACAGAAAAAGAAAAUCAUUACAUUUUAUUUUAGGGAGAACAGAAAAUCAUGUGUUAGGGCACCCUUUCGUUAGAGCUCUGUCAGAAAGGCUGUUAAACCUUCAUUGACUUUUGCAGCCCCUUUUCUGUCAGCUAAGAGCUAACUCCCCCUUUUUCAGUUAGUCCCGCUAUCUAUUAAGGGAUAAAAGACCCUUAAUCUUAGUAGCAAAAACAAAAAACAAAAAACAGAAAAGAAAAA